CUGCGCCUGCGCUUUACUUCCCACAGUAGCGAUGGUGGGUAUGAGUGUUCUCAGGUCUGCUGCUGCCUUUGCAGCCAGACUGAGUCCUCUAAGAUCUGGAAACACUGCGGCAAACCUACUCACCAGAACAGUCCCCCGGACGGAUAAAGUGGCUCUACGUUGGAGUCAUGGAAAGAAAACGUUUGUCAUCAAGCCCUCUGAAUACUAUGACAAGAGAUUUCUGCGCUUAUUGCAAUACUACAUCCUCCUUACUGGAGUUCCUGUGGCUGUCGUUAUCACAUUUGUGAACGUUUUCAUUGGUGAGGCAGAGCUGGCCGAAAUUCCUGAGGACUACGAACCUGAGUACUGGGAGUACUAUAAGCACCCCAUCACCAGGUGGGUUGCACGGAACUUCUGUGAUUCUCCAGUGAAGAACUAUGAAAAGGCGAUGGCAGCAAUCCAAAUCGAGAAAGAGAAGGCAGACAUGAGAUUGCAACACCAGGAAGUGCGUCGACAGAUGAGGAUGAAGGGAGACGGCCCCUGGUUCCAUUUGAAUACCGUCGACAAGGAGCUAAUCGACAACAGCCCAAAGUCAACACCUGACAAUUAGUUCAUUGUGUGUACAUCAUACAGAUGAAUCUCUUUUCUUGUAAAUGUUUUCCCAUCUUGAGUAAAUAAAAUAUAUCUAUGUAAUCUGA